GCUAUCUUAAAGUAUUCAGAGCUUGCUUGAACAACUGGCUAGCAACAAAAGAAUUUCAUAAAAAUUUAUCGUUGAUCCAAAAAUAAGUCAAACAUUUUCGCGAUCAUGUUGAAGUUUUGUAAAGAGCUGAAAAGCGAAUGGACGAAGAACUCACCCAAUUUGGGACGCUGUGGGCAACUGUUGGACUCACUUAAAUUGGAAAUGGUUCGAGUUGGCUUUGUAGGACUAAAUGGACAAGGGCCUAUGCAGCCCAACCAAAAACUGGAGCUGCAAACGGCCAGGGAUAUUCUGGAAAUAGCUAUUGAGCAUAGCAUUAAGGUGAAGGAUAACGCCUCCUAUGAGCGAUACAUGACGCAGCUGAAGAUGUACUACUACGACUACGACAAGUUUUUGGAGUCCUCGUCACAGAUGCACAAAUUUAUGGGCCUGCAUCUACUCUACAUGCUGGCCACCAAUCGCAUUGCGGAUUUUCACAUUGAGCUCGAGCGUCUGCCGUCGGCCCUGUUGCUGCAGAAUCGUUACAUUUCACCGGUUCUGGCCUUGGAAAACUAUUUCAUGGAGGGACGCUACAACAAAAUAUUGCAGGCCAAGAAGUCUAUGCCGUCAGAGUUGUAUGCAGAUUUUAUGGAUAUGCUGGUGGGCACCGUUCGUGAGGAGAUAGCAUCCUGUUUGGAAAAAUCCUAUGAGAAGAUGUCCCAGAAGCAGGCUGCGUUGCGUUUGGGUCUCAAACCUGGGGGAACGGAAAUGAACGCGUUGGCCGCAAAACGCACAUGGACAUUGGAUGCGGAUGGAAGUUUCAACUAUGCUGUGCUGCACUCGAAGCAAAGGGAGAAAGUGCCAGCCAAGGAUAUCGCUGGGCAGACAUUGACCUAUGCGCAUGAGCUGGAGAAAAUUGUUUGAAUUUGUUACAAAUAAAGCGUUGCUGUUAAUCCAAUCGGCUAGAAAAUGAUGCUACGGCAUUGUUUGCUCGGUGCCGGAAAUUUGUCAGAUUACAUUUGCACACA